GAACUACUUGAGGGUGAGUAAAUGAUGACAGAAUUUUUGGGUCAACUAUCCCUUUAAGAUUAAGUCAAGAACAUAAGGGUGCUAUAUAGAAACCCGGUGAACCACUAAUAAUCUAAUAAAAGGUUUCUAACACGCUGACUGUGUUAAGAAUAGUUAACAGGACAAUGUGUCUUCACAAACUGCAAAGAAUGUGGUGGUUUCUCAAGUUCUUGUGUCACUGACUGAAAUGGUGCAAAUUUAAUUUGUAAAAUGUAUUGCUGAUCACAUAGUAGGUUUAUUCUCAGCUUUUAACAGAAUGAACCCAUUAUCAGUGUUAAAACUUCUCAGUGGGGUUUGCUCUUUCAUAAUAACUCUCAUUUAGAAUUAACCAUUUAGUCAACGUAGUAGGUCUAUAAUCAAAUUUAUUUAGGAAAAUUAUGUAUGUCAUCUUCCUGGAAAGGCCACAUGGAGCAGUACUGCAGAUGAUUCAUUGUUUAGGGCGUAUGCUUAGCCGUAGAUUAAUGAAGGGAUGUUGAAUGGAGGCGUAGGCCUAUUUACUCAUGCUCGUGCUGUGGUACUAAACACAACCACAAGGAUACGUCAGCUCUGACCAGACCACUCAGACCAGUAGGCGAACUGUUGCAUUUAUAGGGUCAUCCAAUAACAAGACAUAUGAGUCAACGUGUUACUCUGCUGGUUUUAUGAGAUUCAGUAGACUUAUUUGAUGUUGUUUGUUCUUUUUCUUUUUUUUAGUGGUGCUGCACUUAAAAACUGUGUGGCAAUAUAAAAGAUCUCUCUGGCAGAAAGGAAAUGCGCAUCCUUUUUAUAUGACCUGAGGUUAUCCUAUUGAAGAAGGCAAGAGCUUUUAGCAUUUGUCGUUGAUGUAUGCAGCACAUUUCCUGUGCCUCAAACAUUACAAUGAGAACACAUUUAGCACAAUGACCCUCAUAUUGUGGACAACCCAAUUUUAAUACGAAACUUAUGAAUGACUGUCUGUCUAAAGUGAAAUUUGGAUGUUGGUGCUCACUUAACAGCAGCUAAAAAUAGCACACGCUAGGGUUCACACAGUUGUUGUGAUCCCAGUUGGUCAAUCAGUGCCAUGCUCUUUAAAGACAGCACAAUACAUCCUGUUUUAUUAUAAGCAUUAGACCAUUAAAUGCAAUCAACUGGUAUCAGUUACAGAUGUUGGGAAAGUGAUCCCAAGUUCAAAAACAUAAAUGUCGUGUAAGAGCCAGUUGUUGAGCUUUCUCUCACUACAUCUAAAAAAGUAGUGAGUUUUGGUAAAAACUGAGUAACUUGUUUGGGCUUGGAUUAGCUGUGAUGUUCCUCUGUUUGGUUACACACAUCCUUCAAAAUAUCUUCUUUUGUGUUCAGCAGAAGAAAUUAAUACAGGAUUGGAACAACUUCAGGGAAGGCGCUUACAGGUGGGUGAAGCUUUGUGUUCGCAGCACAAGACCCCCAACCUCCUCCACUAGGAGACAAGGCAAUUGGAAGCCUAGAGGGAGCAAAGGACCAAAGACGUACGGUUAACCUUUAAUCUCAUCAAAGGACUCUAGAGGAAGUUCCUUGACAGGAGAUAAAGCGGAUUGACUCAGAACUGCUGCCUAAAGAACCUGAUGAGCAUUCCAUUCAAUUACAAAUGCAUCGCAACGUGACAUAACUAUGAACUUUAAAAGAUUGUGCCCUGUGAAAGGGUGCCUUCAUUGACCAAUUAAUUCAGUCGUGACACAUCUCAGAUCCAAAAAUAGACGUGCUUGGGUUGAAACAGGCUUGCUGCAAUGUCUUCAGCCAUGGGUAAAAUUGUUGUAUGGACCAACCGUCGCUGUCAGGCCUCAGCAUUGGUUCUUCUCUACCUCUUCCUGACUGCUUUGGCUGCAAGGUCCAAAGGUCCAGGCCACACGCAUCUAAACUCUAUCCGGAUUGAUGGGGACAUUUCAUUGGGUGGACUGUUUCCAGUUCACGCUCGGGGUCACGAGGGCAAACCCUGUGGUGAGCUAAAAAAGGAAAAAGGGAUCCAUCGUCUGGAAGCUAUGCUCUUUGCUUUGGACCGUAUCAACAAUGACCAUGAACUGCUCCCAAACAUCACGCUGGGCGCCCGCAUUCUGGACACUUGCUCACGGGACACUCACGCUCUGGAGCAGUCUCUUACUUUUGUCCAGGCUCUCAUCGAAAAGGACGGCACGGAUGUGAAGUGUCAAGGUGGUGGAUCGCCCAUCAUUACCAAGCCAGAAAGGGUGGUGGGUGUCAUUGGAGCGUCGUCCAGUUCCGUGUCUAUAAUGGUGGCUAAUAUCCUCCGACUGUUUAAGAUUCCCCAGGUGAGUUAUGCCUCCACGGCUCCUGAGCUGAGCGACAACACCCGUUAUGACUUCUUCUCGCGCGUGGUACCGCCGGACACCUAUCAGGCACAGGCUAUGGUGGAUAUUGUCAGGGCCAUGCGCUGGAAUUAUGUCUCCACGGUGGCGUCGGAGGGGAAUUACGGAGAGAGCGGUGUGGAAGCCUUCAUCCAAAAAUCUCGGGAAGAGGGAAGUGUGUGUAUCUCACAGUCGGUGAAAAUCCCCCGUGAGCCAAAACCAGGAGAGUUUGAUAAGAUAAUUCAGAGACUGGGAGAAAAUCCGAAUGCAAGGGUUGUUAUUAUAUUUGCAAAUGAGGAUGAUAUAAGGCGGCUACUGCAGGCAGCAAAAAAAGCCAAUCAGACGGGUCACUUCCUGUGGGUGGGGUCAGAUAGCUGGGGCUCGAAGAUAUCGCCAGUGCUUCACCAGGAGGAAAUGGCCGAGGGAGCUGUCACCAUCCUACCCAAACGACAGUCCAUCAGAGGCUUUGAUCGCUACUUCACCAGCCGCACACUCGAGAACAACCGGAGGAAUAUCUGGUUUGCGGAGUUCUGGGAGAACAAUUUCAACUGCAAGCUCAGCCGCCAUGCCUUGAAGAAGGGAUCUGGCAUUAAGAAAUGCACAAAUCAAGAGCGGAUCGGAAAAGACUCGUCCUAUGAGCAAGAAGGAAAGGUGAUGUUCGUGAUUGAUGCAGUGUACGCAAUGGCGCACGCCCUCCACAACAUGCACAAAGACCUGUGCCCUGGCAAGGUGGGACUCUGCUCCAAAAUGGAUCCUGUAGAUGGAGCCCUCCUGCUAAAGUACAUCCGCAAUGUCAAGAUUUCAGGAAUAGCUGGCAAUCCGGUGCAGUUCAAUGAGAACGGAGAUGCCCCAGGACGUUAUGAUAUCUACCAGUACCAGAUAAAGAACAAAACAGCUGAAUACAAAAUCAUCGGCCACUGGACUGACCAACUUUACCUAAAUAUGCGGACGAUGCAGUGGCCAGGUGGAGGGAAGCAGGUGCCGUCUUCCAUCUGCAGUCAGCCCUGCAAACCCGGGUGGCGCAAGAAGAUAGUUAAGGGCAUUUCCUGCUGCUGGCACUGCGAGCGCUGUGAUGGUUACCAGUAUCAGGCCGACCUUUACACCUGCAAGAUGUGCCGCUUUGAUUUAAGACCUAACAAGAAUCACACAGGCUGCCAGCCCACUCCAAUUGUGAAGCUGGAGUGGAGCUCACCGUGGGCAGUCAUACCGGUCCUGAUCGCUAUUCUUGGCAUCAUAGCCACCCUUUUUGUGGUGGUCACCUUCAUUCGGUACAAUGACACGCCAAUUGUUAAGGCAUCCGGACGUGAGCUCAGCUACGUCCUGCUUACGGGAAUCUUUUUGUGUUACGCUACCACUUUCUUGAUGAUCUCGACCCCAGAUGUAGGGAUCUGUUCACUGCGGCGAAUUUUCCUGGGGCUCGGAAUGAGCAUCAGCUAUGCGGCGCUGCUCACCAAAACCAAUCGGAUUUAUCGGAUUUUCGAGCAGGGAAAAAUGACGGUCAGCGCGCCACGCUUUAUCAGCCCGGGUUCGCAGUUGGUAAUCACGUUCAGCUUGAUUUCCGUUCAGCUCCUAGGGGUGUGCAUCUGGUUCGCAGUGGACCCUUCUCAAGCUCUCAUUGACUAUGAGGACCAGCGCACGGCAGAUCCAGAGAUGGCACGUGGAGUACUAAAGUGUGACAUAUCAGACUUGUCGCUCAUCUGCCUUCUGGGAUACAGCAUGUUGCUGAUGGUGACGUGCACCGUGUACGCCAUCAAGACGCGAGGGGUGCCCGAGACCUUCAAUGAGGCCAAGCCCAUCGGCUUCACCAUGUACACCACCUGCAUCAUCUGGCUCGCUUUCAUCCCCAUUUUCUUCGGGACAUCGCAGUCGACGGAAAAGAUGUACAUACAAACAACCACACUGACCAUCUCAGUGAGUCUGAGCGCAUCCGUGUCUCUGGGGAUGCUGUACAUGCCGAAAGUCUAUGUGGUGCUCUUCCACCCGGAGCAGAAUGUGGCCAAGCGCAGCACUCGCAGCCUGAAAGCUGUGGUCACUGCUGCCACCAUGUCUAACAAGUUCAACCCCAAGGCCAGCCUGCGGCCCAACGGAGAAGCCAAGUCGGAGCUGUGUGAAAACCUGGAAACUCAGGGACUCAGCCCUAAACAAACGUACAUCAGCUACAGCAACCAUGCAAUCUAGGUAAGUGAUAAAAGGCCACUACCGAAAUCCCAGAAGUGACCCCUGGAAGACAGCAUCUCAAGAUAAAUCACUCUCACGUUAUGUCACAUAUGGAAGUGAGAUAGCGGAUGUUUGGAGGACCCCAACAGACAUGUUUUCAUUAAUGAAGCUUAUGUGAAGUCACAUAGGGAGCAUCUGGGGAGGCCGUGACUGUUGCGACGGUGAUGUUGGAAUGACGGUCUGUCACCCAGACUAUUCCAUUACAGCUUGCUCUAUCUAUUCCAGAUGUCAUUGUUAAAGUGAUACACACACUAAUUAAGGACAACAUGUCAGUGUCCGCUGUUUCAUUGACGCUAACACCAUGUGGUGACUAAAAAAAAAGAAAAGAAAAAAGUAUUUAAAAAAAAUCAUUUGGAGCUUUUUCUUCUUGUUUUCUCCUUGGUGAUGACAACAGCAAAGACAGUGACCAUUGUUUACAGAUGUUGAGCAUGCUGGUUUUGACAUCCUGUGCUGUGUUGUUUUUUCUUUCUUUCUUUCUUUUUGUUUUUUCAACAAAAAAAAAGAACCUUCUGGAAUGCUGUUGAACUAUGUUGCUGUGUUGUUACCUCACCAUGGGCCUUGUGAAACUGUUGAAGAUGUACGAAGUGCUCUUUGGAGUAAUGUUUGCUUGUGCAUAAGUACACACCUUUUGAGGAACUCAAAUUUGCCCUGUUGUCAAAAUGUGCUAUAGCUGUCACAGUCACCUGUGCGAAGUCGAAAAAUCACAAUUUAGAAAUGGCGCGACGUCCACUCAGAAAGGAACGCUCGAGAUAAUGGAACCAACAUCCACCGGACCAGGGGAGUAUGAGUAAGUCACUUUCAUAAGAAUACAGCUACCAGAGACUCUUUUAAAGAAACUCAAAGCAUCACCAAUCUCAAGUAAAAGAACGGUUCUGAGAAGCUCGCAGGGAGUAGAUGACAGGAUUCUGUAUUCGUAUCCGGAAAUGUCAGGUGAUAGAGAGAGACAAGCUGAUUUGUCUCUUUAGAUGUUUGUGAAGUUAAGAUUCAGUUCUUAUGAUUUCUCCUCUCUUCUUUGUUUUUGCACUGUUUGUGCUGCAGAAUAAAAUGUCUAUGUUGACCGUGAUAAAUGGCAACUUAAUGUGUGUUCCCGAUUGCUAAUGUUUGCUUUUCAUCCUAAAAGAGAAAAAAAAAAAAACGUCAGAAACAGUGCCUGAAUUAAAGUAUUUGUAAAAUAAGACAUAUGAGGUAUGUGAAGCAUGUUAAUUUUUAUACAUAAAUAAUUUCUAAUAAAGAAAUUUUUCAAAACUCA